AUGGAUUUCUUCUCCGUCAUGCUGGAUCGGAAGCCACACAGCCCCAAGCAAAUCGCGAAUGGGAAGGCUUUGGAGAAGUACUUCUCGCUUCUAUGGCACGCUAUUCUGAUCCUAGCUAUCGGCCAUUUUCUUCAUUAUGUCGUCGUCAAGUACAAGAGGUCUUGGGAAAGGGUUUACCGAAACAUUCCAUAUCCUCGAUUGGAUUUGCCUCCUUGUUUGAAGGAUCAAGGGUUGCCUUCCAUUUUACUCGCCAGCAUCUUCUUAAUCACCAAUUUGUUUCUCUUCUUCACGCCCAUGGUUUCGUACAGACCAAACUAUUGUGCUUCUCGACUUGGUUGGCUCGCUGCUAUGAACAUGCUUCUUUGCGUCUUCUUGAGCUUGAAAAACACGCCUCUGCGCUUUAUUUUACCCACAUCGUACCAGCGCCUCAACUUUUUCCACAGGGUCGUUGGUUACACAGCUCUCGCGCAGACACUCCUACACGGGAUCUUAUACACCGCACACUUCGGCAUAACGAAACGCUGGUUCAAGGUGAUUCAAGCAGGAGGCAACAGGGAAGGACUAUUUGCCGGUGCGGCACUUCUCAUAUUGGCUUUUGGAGUUUUCACACAGGUUCGGUACACGACAUUUUACGCGACGCAUCUUCUCGGAUUUAUCGUCAUGGCCAUCUUCAUGGGCCUUCAUAGGCCGGCUUGGGAGAAAGUACUGCCGUAUUUUGCCGCUCUCAUGGCAAGUAUUUGGGUUUUCGAUCGGGUGCUCCGGUGGCUCAGAUUGGCAUUCAACUUGAUCAACAACGAGGCCAAACUGUAUCCGCUUGAAGGCGGAGGAGUAAGACUCGUCUUCAAUAAGCCAUUGCCUCGAGGCUCACCCGGGCUGCAUUGCUUUGUUUGGAUACCCGGAAUCCGUUGCUACAAAACCUAUCCAUUCACUAUCACGGCCAACUCAGAUUCGGGGCUGGAGUUGGUUUUGAGGUCGUACGAAGGGUUCACAAAGGAAGCUUAUGAUUUGGCUCUCGAGAUUCCGGGACGUGCGAUGAGGGCUUCCGCUCACGGACCGUAUGGCAAUUUGCCAGAUUUUGAUACGUAUGACAAGGUUAUCAUGAUCGCUGGAGGGAGCGGGGCUUCCUUUACUUUUGGCUUGGUGAACUUUCUGCUGGCGUCAACAAAUGAGCAUCCCACGGUACCUAUCACGUUUGUUUGGGCAGUAAGAAAUCAAGAUGAUAUAUCGUGGUACAUCCCAGAGCUUCUCAGCUUAGUGAAAGACUUCAAAAACGUCACUUUGAUUAUCCGCGUAACUAGAGAACCUUUGAAGAUUUCAGACUCACAAUCAGAAGAAUUCGAGCAGGCCCCUCCGGAUCUGUGUACAACAAAGACAAACGCCUGCGUGGAAACAACGCCAUUGUUGGAAGACUUUACGAGGAAAGCCGCGCACCAUCUACAAAGCGCAGCAAAUUUGGAGUGGGAAGCUGCAAAAAGCGAAGCUGACCUGAAGUUCGAAAAACUACAAGUGGAUCAGGCGAUCUGGGAAUCAAUACAGUUCCUGGACGAAACUACACGGGUUCUCAUCGCCACAUGCGGACCUAGGUCAUUAACCAACGCUGUAAGAGACGCAGCACAUAAUUGUUCGAGGCAUUUUAGACCUACUAUAGACAUUCUUUCGGAGAAUUACGACUGGUAA